GAGACUCACCUGCUGCUCCCUCAGACUCACCUGCUGCUGAUAAAAACCUCCGACUCACAUGUGGAUCACUUGUUCCAGAGCAGCAGACUGAUUCAGAAGCCCUGCUCCCACCCCCUGUCUGUGUUUCUUGAAGCCCCGCCCCAAUCAUGUCUCUGAGGUCACUGGUUCUGACUCCAGAAAGAAUCCCUAGAUUCUUUGUACCAUCUCGCAGUCAGUUCCUCUCCCCACGACCUGACCGGAGCUCACCUGACCGUACCAGACUUCUGUCAGACCAUGAUGACAUCAGUCAAGAAACCACUCCCCCCACCGACCCUGCCCAGCCCCGUCGUCUGCUCUGCCUUCGAGCACCUCAAGUCAGACGUCCGUGUCCUGUGUCUGCAGACGUGGACAUGACAACACGUGCCGCCCUGUCUCUGCCGCACAUUGGGAAAGUGACCACGCCCUACGGCUUCAGCGCCGUGCUGGCUGCCAGCCCCUGUACAAGCCGACGAGAGUCCAUGUUUCACCGCCACAAACCAGUGACCGUGACUGACACAGAACUGGAGGACUCGUCCCCUCCCCCUGGCAGGUCUCGGGAGUGCUUGGGACCUAUCAGAGCUCUGGGUCUGCAGGUGAUGAAGGAGCUGAAGAAACCUGUGGCUGUCCUGAAGGCUCUGAGUCCCACAGUGAGGAGGAGGUGACUCCUGCCGCAGCCGAUAGGUGGA